CCCCCUUCCCCCCGCCCCCCCUCGCCGCACCUGGAUGGUACCUCCCGCCGGCGACGCGGGCACUUUCUGAACUAGGAAGGAAGGGGCGACUCGGGGGGGUGGGGGGCGCCGAAGUCUGUAUGGAAUUACCUGCGCCCCCCGCGGAGCUGGCAGCGGUGGAUGGAUGGGCGCCGCGUCCGCGGCACUCGCGGCCAGCUGAGCCCCAGGAGUAAAUACGGGGCUCCUCCGGCCGAGUGCGCAGUGUGGUGACCGGCACUCGCCUCGCUGACUGAUCGCACCGGAGGAAUAUUUCGGGAGACUCCUGUGGUACUCCAGGAAGCAGCCACGGAAAGACAGAAGAUGAAAGCUCCUAUUCCCAACUUGAUUCUCUUGUAUGCUACUCUGACUCAGAGCUUGAAGGUUGUAACCAAAAGGGGAUCAGCUGAUGGAUGCACUGACUGGUCUGUGGAUUACAAGAAAUAUCAAGUUCUAGUGGGAGAACCUGUUCGUAUAAAGUGUGCACUCUUUUAUGGAUAUAUUAGAGCUAAUUACUCCCUAGCCCAAAGUGCUGGACUUAGUUUGAUGUGGUACAAAAGCUCUGGACCUGGAGAUUUUGAGGAACCUAUAGCUUUUGAUGGAACCAGAAUGAGCAAAGAAGAAGACUCCAUUUGGUUCAGACCAACAGUGGUACAAGACAGCGGGCUCUAUGCAUGUGUUAUAAGAAACUCAACUUACUGUAUGAAAGUGUCCAUUUCGCUGACGGUGGGUGAAAAUGACACUGGACUCUGCUACAAUUCAAAGAUGAAAUAUUUUGAAAAAGCUGAACUUAGCAAAAGCAAGGAAAUCUCAUGUCCUGAAAUUGAGGAUUUUUUAUUUCCAUUUAGGGAGCCUGAAAUUCUGUGGUAUAAGGAAUGCAAGUCAAAAACAUGGAGAUCAAGUAUUGUGUUUAAAAAGGACACGCUUGUCAUUCGGGAAGUUAGAGAGGAUGACAUUGGAAAUUACACCUGUGAGCUAAAAUAUGGAUUCUUUGUUGUCAGAAGAACUACGGAGUUGACAGUUACAGCGCCACUAACAGAUAAACCACCAAAGCUUUUACACCCCUUGGAGAGUAAGCUAACAAUUCAGGAGACCCAGUUAGGUGGUUCUGCUAAUCUAACCUGCAGAGCAUUCUUUGGAUACAGUGGAGACGUCAGUCCUUUAAUCUACUGGAUGAAAGGGGAGAAGUUUAUUGAAGAUUUGGAUGAUAAUCGAGUCUGGGAAAGUGACAUUAGGGUUCUCAAGGAACAUCUCGGGGAACAGGAGGUUUCCAUCUCACUGAUUCUUGACUCAGUCGAAGAGGCAGACCUAGGAAAUUAUUCCUGCUACGUCGAGAAUGGGAAUGGACGCCGGCAUGCCAGUAUUCUUCUACACAAAAGGGAGCUGAUGUACACAGUUGAGCUUGCUGGUGGGCUUGGUGCUAUUCUGCUGCUGCUUGUUUGUUUAGUGACUAUCUACAAGUGUUACAAGAUAGAGAUUAUGCUCUUCUACAGAAAUCAUUUUGGAGCUGAAGAACUAGAUGGAGACAACAAAGAUUAUGAUGCAUAUCUAUCUUAUACCAAAGUGGAUCCUGACCAGUGGAAUCAAGAAACUGGAGAAGAAGAAAGAUUUGCUCUUGAGAUUCUACCAGAUAUGCUGGAAAAGCAUUAUGGAUACAAGUUGUUCAUACCAGAUAGAGAUUUGAUUCCCACAGGAACCUACAUUGAAGAUGUGGCAAGAUGUGUAGACCAAAGCAAGCGACUGAUCAUCGUCAUGACUCCAAGUUACGUGGUAAGAAGAGGUUGGAGCAUCUUUGAACUGGAAACAAGGCUUCGAAAUAUGUUAGUCACGGGAGAAAUCAAAGUGAUACUGAUUGAGUGCAGUGAACUACGAGGAGUUAUGAACUACCAGGAGGUUGAGGCCCUAAAACAUACCAUCAAGCUCCUCACUGUCAUUAAAUGGCACGGGCCAAAAUGCAACAAGUUGAAUUCCAAGUUCUGGAAACGUUUACAGUACGAAAUGCCUUUUAAGAGGAUUGAACCCAUGACAAACGAGCAGGUUUUAGAUGUCAGUGAGCAGGGGCCCUUUGGGGAACUGCAGACAGUCUCCGCAAUUUCCAUGGCUGCUGCCACCUCCACUGCUCUUGCCACUGCCCAUCCAGACCUGCGCUCCACCUUUCAUAACACAUAUCAUUCACAGAUGCGCCAGAAACACUAUUAUCGGAGCUAUGAAUACGAUGUACCUCCUGCCGGCACCCUGCCACUUACCUCAAUAGGUAACCAGCACACCUACUGCAACAUCCCCAUGACACUUAUAAACGGGCAGCGGCCGCAGACAAAAACUAACAGGGAGCAGAACCCCGAAGAGGCUCACACAAACAGUGCCAUACUGCCCCUCUUGCCACGGGAGACCAGUAUAUCAAGUGUCAUUUGGUGACCGACAUGCAAGGGGCUGUCAACCCCCUUGAGUAGGAGCAGAGUCUGCAGUCUGGUGCCUGGAACUACAUCCUCGACUGCUGCUGUUAAACAUGCAUUACAAUCGAUAACAAACGAGGAAAAACAGGGUCUUGUACAUAUGUUUUUGCAAUUUCUUUGUAGCAUCAGUCUUCCUGUUUUACCCAUGUCUCUUCCCAUUCACAUUUUUGACUUUGUUUUAUAUGUCAUUGGAAUUUGUAUAUUUACAUUUUUUUUAAAUGAAGAGACUGCUGUAUAGAUAGGAAACUUUUUUGCUUCAUUAGUAUAGUUUUAGACUUUUUGUUUGUUUGUUUAUAACCUCUCUUGGGAAUGCUUGGACAAAGCUAUGUUGAUAUCAGAAGCACCAUCCAUUUUGUUGGCCUGCCUAGCCAUGCCUGCUGCAGCUCACCUCUUUUGGAGAGUUCUUGUUCUUAGAAGGACCCCACUGCUCACUGAGAGCUCCAGUUUCAUUUCUACUCUCGUAAUGUGCACUGCUCCUUCCCUGCCCUUACAAAGACCCCCAUUUGGGGUAACACUCCAGUCUGACCAUCUAACAUGUAACUUGCUAGAUACCUGUCAAACAAGAGAAAAUACCCGAUCUGUAUCGGUUGCUUCACAGUAGUCACUAGAGUGUGUAGAAACUAUAGCCAGAUUGGUUUUUGCUUUCUUGGGUUUGUUUUUUUUCUUAAUUCUAAUUUUAAGAAUGAGUUGGUUGUAUCCCUUUUAUAAAUAUAAAAGCAACCCUAUUUUUAACAUGUCCUGGAAAAGUAUUAAUGUGGUUGUGGAUUUUAUUUUUUAAGCACUCAUUUUUUUUCUUUCUCAACUUUCAAAAUCCUGCAAAUAACAUUUGCAAAUGUCAGGCGAGUAAGACAAGUGAGGCAAUAGACACUGAAAUGCAGAGUCCUGCUGAUAUGUACAGUGAUGACUUCCAAACCAAAGGGGAAUAAAAAAGACCGUAUUGUAGAUGGUUUGUCACUUUGUAUUAUAGAAAGUGUUAUUUUCAAAAAAAAACGUAAGAGCAAAACAUUAUUUUCCUGUGGAUUUCAGAGUCCCUUGUAUUUUAAUGUUCCAAAAACUGUAUUUGCUUUAAAAUUAUAUAUUCAAGAUUAAGAAAUCUUCUUUCAUUUGAUUUUAGCUUGUAAUGAUAAAUAAAACUUUAUUAAUUUCAACAUGAUUUCAGUAAGAACUCAGGCAGAAAAAAAUGACAUGAUUACCAGAAAUAUAACUGUUUUCAGAAUAAACUUUAUUUAUACAAAAUUAAUAUUUAAAUCAG